GCCGGAGCUGCUGCUGCACACAAUGGGAGGCCGCCUGAGCCAGGCCCUGUCUCUUGCAGUGAAACCCGCUGCGCCAGCGAACCUGAGCAUCUGCAACACGAGCAACAACCAGCUGCAGCUGACCUGGGCCUCCGUGUACCACAAGCCUGCCUGCCUAGAACACACCGUCCGAUACAAGAGCAACAAGGACACUGACUGGACGGAGCACGUGGUCAGAGACGAGAUCUUCUCCUUGCCCAGCGUGGACUUCGAGAAGCAUUACACGUUCUACGUGAGGAGCAAGAUCAGCCAGUACUGCGGCAGCACCCGGCUGUGGAGCGAGUGGAGCCUGCCCGCGGCGUGGGGCAGGAACGCGUCAGACCACCGCGUGGAGUGCGUGGUCUUCAACGACGAGUACCUGACCUGCGUGUGGGGCAGCAGAGCUACACUGACAGCCAACUACUCCCUCUACUACUGGUACACGCUGCCCAGGCCUGGAAACCAGUCGUCAGCAGUGGAGUGCAAGCGCUACCUCCAGGAGCAGGGCCUCAACACCGGCUGCUGGUUCGCCCGCAGCGAGAUCCUGCAGUUCCGCAGCUUCCACAUCCACGUCAACGCCAGCCAGCAGGGCUCCCAGCUCGUCAUCCCCAGCAGCGCCAUGAAGCUGCAGGACCUAGGUAGGGGAUCAGCCCGGGGGCGGCGGUGCACCGGGGGCUCUGGCCACGCGCCCCCGGGGGCGGCG